CAGCCAGCCAUUGUGCUCCAGGGGGCUGCAGCAGCUGAAAGCCACCCCCCGCACCAGAAUCCUUGGAGCCAACCACCUCGCUCCGGAGCUUCCCUGUUCUUUCCUUAUCUGCCACUCGUCACGUCUCUUGAGACGAGGAAAGAAACAGCCACAAGGUCAGCCGAUGCAUCUUUGCUUUUUGUAAGCCUGAUUGAUCAUCCCUCAUUUUCUGGUCUCGCUCGCCCGUUACUGCGCCGUACGGUCGAGCAGAGUCCAGACUCUUUCUUGUCCUCGGCUGCCUUCACAAGAAUGGGACGGGGCUCCAAGGCGAGGAAGGAAAGGGACCACCUCACGCCGCCCAGCGCCGAGACAUAUGCUGUCGAGACUCUCGGGCUCCUGUUCACCAAGGACAUUGGGUUCGAUGCAGUCAUCACCUGUCGCGGCGAAGAGUUCCAGAUUCACAGAAGCCUCGCCGCUGUGCGAUCUGCGUUCAUGAGGGUUGCAUUCUAUGGCAAAUUCACGGAAGCGACCGAUGGCAGGCUCUCGGCAGACGAGUUCGAAGUCGAGGUGAUCAAGCAGAUGGUGCACUACCUGUAUAGCGGAACGUACACCACCCCCGCACAGAAAAACAUGGCGUACAAGACGCGGCCCGUGGAGGAGAUUGUGGCCCAAGUCGAGGACUACUGGAGCGCUUCCAGCCAGGCGAUACGCACGGGCUGGCAGUCCCAGGGUCAGACAAAGCAGCCCGUGAGCACAGCGGAGACGAUGCAGUUCCACAUCAAGAUGCACAACGUCGCCGACUACUACCAGAUCGAGUCGCUUUCCAAGUACUCAUCCAUCUGCAUUCAGAGGCUGCUGGCCUACAAGUGGGACGCGGGAGCGUUCUGUGACAUGCUGAAGCUGUGUUGGAACGAGCCUGUGGACGAUGAUAUCAGGGAGCUGUUCGCCAAGACAGCGGCCCCUUCUGUGGUUGCGCUGCUGGACACGCCAAAGUUCCAGAUGCUUGACUGUAAGUUGAGACUAGCUUUUGACUACUUAGUACUCCGUAUAAAUGCUCACAAAUUGAAA